GUCGCCACGACGGCCCAGGUCCCUCCGACGAAAUUUGCUUCCCGUUCCGUCGGAUUGGGGGAGAGUGCCGCAUGGGCUUUUUUCGCUACAAACCAUCCAAUUCAACCAGCUCAACCCAUCAAACGACGGUCACGUUUUGACGAACAGAGUCCAUCACUAUCAUCAAGCCCUACUCGCAUCCUUCUGCCUGUGCCUAUAUCCAUUGCCUCCGGGCCAGGAGGGAAUUGAACAUCACGCCAUUCAGGCUGUGUUCGCUGUCUCAAAGCUCAAUUUCAACUGACUGACAGCUUCACAGUUCUUCGCGGUCUCCAGGGCAGUACCCGCGGGCAUUCCAGCCGAUUGCGAAACAGGCCGGCUGAGAAUUUGCCUCCCUCCUCACUCAGAGCAGUCCUAGCACCUAAAGCACCGAUCAAACAUGAGCUGUGCAACGGGCAGUUGAACACCCAGCCUUCCCACGUUCCAAAGAGCUCCAGAUGCUCCACCCUUACGACAGCAGCAAUGAACUCAUUCUUUGUCUUCUCUACAUUCCACUGCUUAUUGUUUCGGGUGCACGGUGAUUGGCACCGCAUUUUCCCGUGUUGCGUUCGCCUGGGAACAAAGCAAACCAAGACAACCUAUCCUGUCGCCAGCCUCGCAUGUUCGCUCAUCGCUCAUCGCCAUGGCUACUGACGAUGCAUCCCGUCAGAUACUCAAUACACAGAGACAAAGAACCACGAAAGAAGGUGAGGCGAGGAUGGCAAGCGCUCUCUUUGAUGCUCUACAAAGAGCUAUGGCUCUCCCCAUCAGCCAUUCGCUCACUUCCCCCUUGAGAAGAGUUUGGAUGGCCAGAGUACAAAGAAUUCCUUUCUGUGCGCUAUGACUUCAGCUACCGGUGACCAUCACCUCCCCAACCUUCCGGCAUGGUAUCGUUUGCUACCCAAGCCUCCCACUGGGCAUAACCUUGCAUUACGACGUACUUCGUCCCUAGCGCAGCAUCAUUUAUUCCAUGACCGGUCUCCAACCAGACAUGCUUCUUCCCAAGAUGGUGGCCCGGCCCAUCUACCUGAAAGUUCAAAGCAUACUGGUGCCAACCGUGAAGAGUAUAUAGAACGACCCCAGGAAACUGCCAAUGGUGACUCUGGGUCCACCUCUCCCUCUCGCCGAGGCCGUUCUUUGGAAAUGGAAACCCAGCCUCAUCCAGCUGCUGUGAGAAAAGGCUCCAAUUCCAGAGAGAAUAUCUGUUUGUGUCCAGCGAGUCCCAAGAUUCCCCGACCUCGAAACUCCUUUAUUUUGUUCCGCCAACACCAACAGGCCAGUAUCAUAGCACAGAAUCCAGGCAUUCCGAAUCCGGAAGUAUCAAAGAUCAUUGGGGAACAAUGGCGUGGUCUGUCCGCUGAGGCCAAAGAGGAAUGGAAUCUGCUUGCGGAAGAAGAGAAAGCCCGCCAUCAGCAGCAGUAUCCCGGUUAUCGUUACCAUCCACGACGCAACGGCCGGGUCAGCAACCAGUCUUCCUUAUCUGGCCCUUCGUCUGCAGAAGCCCAAGAGUCUUGCUCAAAGUGUGGAGGCAAGCCAAUGAACUACUACUCCAACCCAGCUCCCGUAUAUACACCGCCAGCAUCUACUACACGACCAACGAUGGCUGUUACGGUCCCUGCAAAACGUGGCUACGUCGUCAGUGCUGCACCUCCUGGCUCAAGAAUUCAUGGACAGCCAGCCCUUUCGCCUGAGCAUGUCACUUUCCAGCGAGUCGAUCCUCGAUUAGUCUAUGCCGUCCCACCUCCCUCUCAAACACUGCCCACUCCCCCAUCCGCAGAGUCACAAGAUGCAAAGAGGCGGCGUUUCAAUGGCAAUGGUCUUUACCUACCUGCUCGUGAGGUUUAUCCUGAAGCAUCAUACUCAUAUGCCCACUCUCCGACUUCCAGUGGUGUAUAUGCUCGUCAAGAAAUCUUGCAGCACCCCCAGCAGAUUCCCAUCCAGCAUGUCCAAGUUGCCAAACCGCAGAUGGUGUCGCCUCCUCGAGCAGCAUACCCUCGCCCACCGCAGCUGCAACCUAUUCGACCACCGCCUCAUCAUCAGAAAAAUCGAUCGAACGUAGCCUUGCCUCCCAUCGAGACAAUGGUUACGCAGACCCCGGUCAAGGCGCCGUCUACACAAUCUCAGAGCUCUGGAGUCGAGGCUAUGAUCAUGUCCAUCCCAGUGUUGAACAAAAUCAAAGUACUCUCUCAGAUCUCUGGCCCGUUGCCGGCUCCAGGUCUGGCGUCACCAAGGCCACAAAUUCGAGGAGCCAUUAUUGCCGUCGAGGGGAUGGACGCUGCCAGUGUCGACAACAUGACCAACUCUCUAGCUGAGCAGUUGGAGAAGGAGGGCAAGUUUGCCGUGAGGAUAUUUGGGGGCCCCGAUCCAUACUCUAUGAUGCGUGGCGCGAAGGCAAUUCCUAGUGCAGGGAAGAAGAGAGGCAUGACACCAGAUGCGUAUCUGGAUGUAAUGAGUCAGUGGCACAAGAUCAACAAAGACAUGGUCGAGUACAUUACUUCAAGGCCAGGGCCAGGGUCACAGUCAUCUCCCAUCAUGAUCGAUCAUCAAGAUGAGGACCAUCCCAUGACUGAAGCAGAGGAUCACCCGCAGCCACCAAUGCCGUCCGAGAGGAUUCUACAAGCGGGAGUCGCCUCGCAUUCAUCCAGCGCGGUACAAGAGAGCAGGAUCGAUCAGCUUGACUCAGCCAUUUCACCCAAGACGAUCAGUAAAGCUGCCGAUAUGUCCAUCAACUCGCCUUUCGUGAAUUCGGUUGGGCAUAAGGGUAGAAGCCAAAGUACACCAGGCUUGUGGGCGAACAAAGAGUUAACAACAGGGCCGGACACGCGAGCAAUACAAGCGCCGCUGACCUUCCCACGCCCUCUUAACUCGAAGCGCAUUCCGCCUCCCCCAGACACGCCUCCGCCAUCCACGCCUCCGCCUCCGGCCGUAUCGAACUCUCACACGCUGUCGCGGGUUCCACCUCCUCUGCCAGCAUCUUCGGUACCUCGUCCAGCAUCUGCCCAACCACCAGCAACGACCACCUCUUGUACCAAUCCCAGUGAAGCCAUACCUAUCGCCAUCGUCCCUCAUUUCCAGCUCACCACCGUCGACGCGAAUUCCAUCAGUAUGCCUAUAAAUGACGGCUUCUCCCCGCCCGCGCACUGGCAGUGGUUUGCUACACUAUGGCGAGGGAGCAUCGGACCGGACAUCACCAUUAUUAUAAGAGGAGCGGAUGAAGAACCUGCUGAAGGUGUGGAUGUUGUCAAACAGACACCGAUUCAGGGCAAUCAUCCUGGUGUUGUGGGCGGCGCACAUGGUAACUCGGGCGUUGGCAGGGACAGAGUCUCGAGCGUAACUUCAUCUCAAUCCCACAGUGGAGGAACAGGAGUGGAGAUCCGACUGCAAGAUUCUAGGGCUGUGAUUGUGAAAACUGGUCUAGCAGGAUUGAAUAUGGCAGCUGGCGAGGACGCGAAGGGAGCAGGGAAGACGCUGACGGGGGCACAACAGGCUAAAGAGAUGGAAAACUGGGACAAGGCGAAGAGGAGGGUUGGAUUUGAGGUGGAAGAAUUCUUGCGGAGAUAAAUUUGCUAUACCAUAUGACUCUCCUACUCUGGGAGACAGAAAAGGGGUUGGACGGGGAAGAAGUUGCAUGUUUUCAUUGCUUCUUGUGUUACUCGGGCAUUGGUCCAACAUUAGAGGCGC